AUGGAGGAUGGGCGCCUCGAAUCACGGUCACGUUGGUUAGCGAGGACAGCGACGGCGUCGUUGGCUGAGCGCAGGGGCGAGGGCGUCGACCGACGGGCGGCGCAUCAGGAGCCCCUCGCUGGCGAGCGGCUGGCGCGGGAGGCCGCGGUCGAGACGGUGAGCGCGGCCGAGGCCCUCGCGAACGUCGCGGAGUACGGCCCGAACUACGUCCUGCCGCAGGCCGCGGAGUCUAAGACGGCGCGGCGGAAACGGCUGCGCGUGGACGCGGCGGCGAGGAUCGCCGGGCACGCUGUAGUCGAGACUGGCACGCACGUGGAGAUCCUGGGCGAGCAGAGGUGGUGGCCGGGCACCAUCACGGGGCGGGAGGAGGGUUCGGACGGCCGGCUCGUGCACGCGGUCGAGUACGACGGCUACCCCGACCAGGAUUUCCGAAUCAACUUAGAGGAAGAGACGUGGAGGCGGGUGACGCUCGGCGCCGGCGGCGCGGCCCCCACCAGCGGCGAGGACAGCGACGGCGAGGGCAGCGACGAGGCUGCGGACGCGCUGCCGGCCAGCGCGACCGACAGCGGCAGCGCGGUCGCCACCAGCGACAAGGGGAGCGACGUCGAGGGGGACGGCGACGAGGCUGGGGACGCGCUGCUGACCUGCGAGCCCGCUCCGACACAGCCAAGGGAGCGGCGCAGCACGAGGGCUGGCGACGAGAGCCCGGCGGCAGCCGGGAUGGCCAGCGGCGACGCCGGCGCCACGUACGCGGCACUCGGCGGGUAUGUUGGCCGGGAGGAGGCGGUCGGCGAGGCGAGCUCCGCCCCUGCGGCCCUCAACUGGCCGGUCAAAACCAGGGUGAUGUGA